AUGUUUUUUGUUGAUAAAUCUAUAAACGGAAAUGUUGUUAUGGAAAAACAAGUUAAUAUAAUUAAGGAUUUUUUCAAUUCAAAUUUUAAACCAACAAUUAAUACUUUUGUUGCAGCAUCUUCUCAAAUUGAUGAGGAAAUAACUAAUACUUUUGAUACUGUAAAACCUUUUGACUACAGAUUGUUAGAAAAACAGUUUAAUGAUAUCUCAAAUAAAACAUCAACCAAUGAAAAUGUUUCAUUUUAUAAGUUAGUAGCUGAAGUAUUGAUAAACGUUGACUUUUCUAAUAUUAAUAUUUAUACAAAAAAUCCUAUUAUUGUUCUUUUUUUAAAUUCUUUUGUUAGUGAAAAAAAUCCAACAAAAAAUAUGUUAAAUAAUAUAAUGUCAUCAUAUCCUAAUAUUCAAAUAGCUGCUGUAGUAUUUGAUCAAAAAUAUUCAAAAGAUGCUGAAUUUUUAGUUGGAAAAUCAGAUAUGGUUUAUAUAUUUAAUGAAGAAAAUAAAAAUGAAAUUUCUUAUACUUCUGAAUGGAUUAUAAAUAAUAUUUGUCCAAGUUUUUCACUAACCAAUGGUAAACCUGAUAAUCAAGAUUCAUUUUGUGGUGCUUUUUGUGAUAUUGCUUUUGCAUUUGACUCAUCAUCUGAUGUUCUUGAUUCUGAUUUAUUUAAUUCUGAAAUUAAUAUAACACUUUUAAACAUUGUUCCAAUUAUUGCUGAUUAUGAUCGUGUAGCUACAAUUUCAUACAAUCAAGAUGUUACAAAUUUUCAAAAUUUUGGUAGUUUUAAUACAAAACAAGAUUUAGAUAAUUAUUUGUUAAGUCUUUCUCAAGGAUCUGGUUCACGUUUAAGUUUAGCAUUAGCUAAAUUAGAUUCACUAAACCCUCCAGAUAAUGGAAAACUUUCAUCAUUUGUUUUUGUUACCAAAUAUGAUGCACAAGAAUUUCAAAAUGCAAUUCCUUACGCAGAAUCAUUAAGAAAAAAAGGAUCUCUUAACUUUAUUAUUCUUGGAACAGCUGUUACAAAAAAACAAAUAGAACAAUUAAAUCCUUCUAAUAUUUUUGCAUUAACUUUUGGAAAUGCCUGCAGUAAUGAAAUUGAAAUAUUUUAUUAUAAAUCAUUAACAUGUGGUAGUAAUUCAUGUAUAACAACUCCAAAACCACCAACAACUAAAUGUAUUUCACAAGAAACUCAAUGUAAUGUAAUUAUUUCUAUUGAUUCAUCAUCAGACGUCUUAAGUGAUUUCUUUUUUUAUGAAGUUAAAGAUUUAAUUGCUAGCAAUAUUUCUAGCGUUUUUACAAAUUUUAACAAAAUUGCUAUUCAAGCAUAUAAUUCACAAAUUCAAACUAUUGCAACAUUUAAUAGUAUUACAAAUGUUAAUGAUUUUAGAAACAAAGUAAAUUCUAUUGUACAAGGGCAAGGUUCUAAUUUUUAUGAAUCUUUAGUUGCUAUUAAUAAUAUGAUUCCUACAAAAGCAGUUGAUGUUUCAACUUAUAUUUUUAUUUCUAAAAAUGAUACAAAUGAUUUUAUAAAAUCUGCACCUAUUGCAGCAGAAAUAAAAGCAAAAGGAUCAUUAAACAUUAUUAUUGUUGGAGAUGCUCUAAAUCCAAAUGAUAUUGAAAUAUUAAAUCCAACAAAAUAUAUCAUAUACGAUUUAAGUAGUUGUGAUAAUAGUGCUAUUGUAAAUUUCUUUUCAUCACAAAUGAAUUGUUAUAUUUCAUGUCCAACUGUUACUUCAACUACAAAAAUAAUUACUACUAAUCCGGUUACAACCACGAAAAAAAAUGUUAUUACAACAACAGGAUCAUGUGUAUCACAAAAAACACAAUGUAAUGUAGCUAUUUCAGUUGAUGCAUCAUCAGACAUUCUAGAAUCUUUCUUAUUUGAUAUUGAACUAGAUGUUAUUUCAGAAAACGUUUCAUCAGUAUUUUCAGAUUUUAAUAAGGUUGCACUUCAAGGGUACAAUAGUAUUGUUAAUCCAAUAUAUAAUUUUGGAGAUAUUAAUAAUUUAAAUCAAUUUAACAAUUUUCUAUAUAGUAUAAAACAAAACCCUGGAUUUAAUUUAUCAGAAUCAUUAAAAAAUAUUAAUAAUUCACAAAUAACAAAUGGUUUAAAAUUAUCAACAUUUGUUUUUAUAUCAGAAAACAAUCAAGCUGAAUUUCAAAAAUCUGUUCAACUUACAAAAGAUUUAACCGCAAAAGGUUCAUUAAUAAUCAUUCUUCUUGGUACUGAUGUUAAUGAAAAUGAUAUUUCAAUGUUAUCAUAUACUAAUUAUACCAUAUUUCAACUAGCUAAAUGUAAUGGACAUAUAUUAACAAACUUAUUUAACAAUUACAUUGAUUGUUAUAAUACAUGCUCACCAUCUACAACAACUAUAACAGUACCAUCUACAAUUGUUACGACAUUACCACCUACAACUACUACAACAUUACCACCAUGUGUUACUAAUACUACUCAAUGUAAUGUAGCUUUUGCAUUUGAUUCAUCUAAUUAUAUGAUUUCAUCAUUUUUUGAUGAUUAUAAACAUGUACUUGAAACUGUUAUUCCAAAUUAUUUAACACAAUUUUCUAAAGUUUCUAUUCAUUCAUUUAAUUCUAUAUCAUAUUCUCUUGCUUCAUAUGGUAGUUUACAAAAUAUUAGUGAUUUUUCUAAUGCAGUAUCUUCAAUGACACAAGCUCCUGGUUAUAAUUUACAUCUUGCAUUAAAUGAUAUUUAUAAUGAAAUUGAACCUGAUAAAAAUACUAAUUUAGCAACAUUUGUUUUCCUUACUAAAAAUGAUACAAAUGAAUUUAAAUUAUCAAGUGAAAUUGCACAAAAAUUAAAAUCUAAAGGUGGAUUAUAUGUUGUUAUUGUUGAAACUGAUUUACAACCAAAAGAUAUUGUUGAUUUAAAUCCAACUGAUAAUCUUACAAUUACUGUUAGAAAUUGUGAUGCAUAUACACUUGGAUUAUUUAUUAAUCGUUACUCAAAUAAUUGUACACAAAAAUGUACCACACCUUUAAUAUCAACAACUACACCAUAUUUAUCUACUUCAACUACAACACCUACUCCUACUCUACCAAUAUCAACGACAACACCAACACCAACUUCUGUUUGUACUCCUGGAUUAAAACAAUGUAAUAUAGCUAUUAUUAUUGAUGCUUCAAGUGAUGUAUUAAGUUUUGAUUUCUUUGAAAACGAAAUCAAUACUUUAGCAAACAAUGUUGCUUUUAUUUUUAAUGAUUAUUCUAAAAUUGCAAUUGAAUCAUAUAAUUCUGAUGCAUACUUGCUUGCAAAUUUUAAUUCAAUUGGAAAUUCAUCUAUGUUUUCUAAAGAUGUACAAAAUGCCUACCAAAAAUCAGGAUUUAAUUUGUAUGAAGCACUAAAUAAAAUUAAUAAUUUACCAUUACAAGACAAGAAUGUUGGGUUAUCAACAUAUGUUUUUAUUUCAAAAAAUGAUACAAAUCAAUUUAAUUUAUCCAAAGAUGUUGCAAGUCAAUUGAGAAAAAAAGGAUCUUUAAAUAUUAUUAUUUCUGGUACAGCAUUAUAUGAUACCGAUAUUGCAGUAUUAAAUCCGUCAACUAAUAUAACAUUUGAUGUAGCUGAAUGUGAUCCACAAGUUAUAAUCAACUUUAUUAAACAAGAGAUGGUAUGUACGGUUCCAUGUUCAUCACCUACAACACUUCCACCUACAACUACUACAACACUACCACCCACAACAACUAUAACAGUACCAUCUACAAUUGUUACGACAUUACCACCUACAACUACUACAACAUUACCACCAUGUGUUACUAAUACUACUCAAUGUAAUGUAGCUUUUGCAUUUGAUUCAUCUAAUUAUAUGAUUUCAUCAUUUUUUGAUGAUUAUAAACAUGUACUUGAAACUGUUAUUCCAAAUUAUUUAACACAAUUUUCUAAAGUUUCUAUUCAUUCAUUUAAUUCUAUAUCAUAUUCUCUUGCUUCAUAUGGUAGUUUACAAAAUAUUAGUGAUUUCUCUAAUGCAGUAUCUUCAAUGACACAAGCUCCUGGUUAUAAUUUACAUCUUGCAUUAAAUGAUAUUUAUAAUGAAAUUGAACCUGAUAAAAAUACUAAUUUAGCAACAUUUGUUUUCCUUACUAAAAAUGAUACAAAUGAAUUUAAAUUAUCAAGUGAAAUUGCACAAAAAUUAAAAUCUAAAGGUGGAUUAUAUGUUGUUAUUGUUGAAACUGAUUUACAACCAAAAGAUAUUGUUGAUUUAAAUCCAACUGAUAAUCUUACAAUUACUGUUAGAAAUUGUGAUGCAUAUACACUUGGAUUAUUUAUUAAUCGUUACUCAAAUAAUUGUACACAAAAAUGUAAUGCACCUUCAAUAUCAACAACUACACCAUAUUUAUCUACUUCAACUACAACAAAAUUGAUACCUGUGACUACAACACCUACUUCUACUCUACCAAUAUCAACGACAACACCACAAUGCCAAUGUAGAAAAUCUGUUUGUAAUGUAGCUAUUGUUUUAGAUACAAGUACUACUUUAUCACCAAAUUAUUUUAUUAAAGAAAAAGAAGCCAUUAUGUAUAAUGUAUCAAGUAGUUUUAAAAAUUUUAACAAUAUUGCCUUAUUAGAGUAUGAUCAAACAUCAACUGUAUUAAGAGAUUUUGGGAAAAUAAUUGAUUAUAAUGAUUUUAUAUAUACUGUUAAUUCAACAUACCAAUCACCUGGAUCAAAUUUGACUGCAGCUUUACAACAAUUAAAAACAUUAACAACAUUAAAUAAAUCUUAUUUAAAUUCAUAUAUUAUGAUAUCAACACCACCUAUUGGUGAUUUAAAAACAAAUCAACAAUUAGUUCAAGAUUUAAUUAAUAAUUCUGGUACAGUUAACAUUAUUUUACUUGGAACAGGUGUUAAAUUAUCUGAUGUUAUACCAUUAAAUGCAACAACUUAUUAUAGUUAUGAUUUAGCUUUAUGUGAUACAGGUGGUUUGGUAAAUUAUUUUAAUCAAACGACUGCUUGUUCAACAGUAUGUGGUACUAUACCGCCUCAAAAAAUGUGUAGCAUGAUAAUAUCACCAGAUGCCUCAAAUGAUAUUUUAGAUGUAGAAGAAUUUAAUUAUCAGAUGAAUGUUAUAGCUAAUAAUGUUUCAAGUAUAAUUCCAAAUUUUAGAGAUAUAGCAUUAAUUCCAUGGAAUGAAUUUCCAAAUACAACAUUUGGUUUUGAUGUAAUAAGAAGUGUAGGUGAUUUUCAACAAGAUAUAUAUUUAAUGAAACAAAAUAUAGGAUCAAAAUUAAGUUCAUUAUUAAAUUCAUUUUUCCCAUUAGUACUUAAUAGACCAUCAAGUAUUUUUGUUUUUAUUUCGACAAAUGAUCCUAAUGAAAUUUCUAUGUCUGUUAAAAGUGUUAAUAAUUUGAGAAACACAGGAUCAUCUCUUAACUUUAUUCUUGUUGGUACUGAUAUACAUCCUAAUGACUUACAAAUAUUUAAUUUACCAAGUGACAAUAUCUAUCAAUGGGAUUUUACAAAAUGUCCAAUUUCUGAUUUGCUAAACUUUAUUAAAAAUAAUAUUCAAUGCACUAAUCAAUGUCUUUAA